UCCGUGCCGUGCCGGUCCGUGCCGGCCCCGCCAUGCCGCACUACCAGGCCUGGGAGGAGUUCACGCGCGCCGCCGAGAAGCUCUACCUCGCCGACCCUAUGAAGGUGCGGGUUGUUCUCAAAUACCGACAUUGUGAUGGGAACCUCUGUAUCAAAGUAACGGACGAUGUAGCUUGUUUGCUGUAUAGAACAGACCAGGCGCAAGACGUAAAGAAGAUCGAGAAAUUCCACAGUCAGCUAAUGCGACUCAUGGUGGCUAAGGAAUCCCGCAGUGCUGCCAUGGAAACAGACUGAAUUGCUGAAAAUAAAAUGAGUGCUCCGGUCGUAUUUCACUGGAAGAAAAUAUCUCUUGGAUUUGAACGAAUACUGGGGCAGGAGGUGCUUUUAUGUACCGAAGGGGACUGAUGACAAGUCUGAAGCAUUUCCCUCUGCCCCAGACUCUGCUUUGGAAAACUAGGAAAAUAAAUGCUUUCAAUUGAAAGCUUAUAUUUAUUUUUGGGAACCAAUAAGAAACUAUUCUUACCUGUUAGGGUAUGCUAAGAUGACAAGUAAAUAUUUUAAAUCUACAGUACUUUAGUCUGAAUUUGAUGGGCCACAAGCAUAUUUCUGGAAAGGUACUAUAAAAUUUCAUGUAGAUUUCAUUGUGUUCAUACCUUAUGCUGGUGUAUUCUCACAGUGAGAAGGUUUAUUAACCUGACUAAUACUGUAGCAUGAUGACUGGAUGAUAAACAUUUACAUAAAUUAUAUACAUCAGUAGGGUUUAGAAGAAGGGAUGUUUUCUGAAAUGAAAUGUUAAAAUUGCCAAUUUGUGUUAGCACUGUCACUAGCAGGAUUUUAGCUUUUAGUAUUGAUCUUGGUCAGAAGCUGUGCAACAUGAUCUGUGAUGCAGUUUGUAGAACUGUUACAUUGGCUAAAUAAUUAAAAAUCUGUAUUUUAAACCUUGCUUGAAUAUUGCUAAAACGAUGAGAAACUGGGAGUUUCUUUUCUGCUUAUGUGAAUAUUGCUAUUAAAAAAUGUGGCUUUUUUCCAGUACUUGAACUGUUUUCUACUAGCUGGGGGGACCUUUUCCCAUCCUUGCUUCAGGCAAAGUUGAGGUAUACCAGCAAGACAAAUUCUAGAAGCUCUUGCCUGUUAUGUUAAUAGAAAAAUGCAACCAAACACUAUGCAGAUUCCUUAUCUUAGCAGCUUGCUAACUGUGCGUUUUCAAAUGUUACAUGUGGCAGAUGGGUAUCGGCCAACUGAAUAAAUGGAUGAA